AGUCAUGUUGGAUUUUCCCGCGCUAGUGACAGAACACUGAUAGGGUUUCCUCAAAAAGAGGCCCAAACUUAUAGUGAGAGAAAGGGAGAGAUUUAGGGUUUCAUCUGCAAACAAAAAUCAGACCCUGCUGUUUCUGUGUUAUGGUUCGAUCUGGAAAGCUGUUGUUGAAUUAAAGCUAGGGCUUUGGUGCUGGAUCUGUAUAUCAGCCCGAUUUUGAAGAGAUUUUCUGAGAUCUGUUCCAAAAGGAAACGAUUCAAUCUGACUAUUGUCACUAUGAAGACACUACGUGUGGCCAUCUCGGCAACAAGCUCCGUGGCUCGCAAGUCCUGGACUACUUGCUAGGAGAUCCAGAACCUGUUCCACUGUAACCCCAGAGUACUGCAAUCUGGAACACGUAACCCAGUCAGUGUUAGGAUAGAAGUGGCAGCAAAUUAAUCAACUAUGGCACCAAUCAACAAUUCACAUCCUGAUGGAGGAGAUGGGGGAAAUGAUGCCACUGAAGUGCGAUUCUCAGAGUUUUGUAAGACCGGAUUAUGUUUAGAUGAGGACACUUGUAAAGAAGCUUUGCAGCUUUUCAAAGAAACAAAACAUCUUCUGUCAGCAAAUAUUUCAUCUAUUGGGAAUGGAACAUCGGAAGAAGCGGAGAGGUUUUGGUUUGCUUUUGUUUUGUAUUCUGUUAAGAGGUUGAGCGAGAAGAGUAGCGAUAAUUCGCAGCAGAGGUCUGAUGAUAAUGGGCUUACUUUAUGCCAAAUAUUGAGAUGUGCCAAGCUGAACAUUGUGGACUUCUUUAAAGAGUUACCUCAAUAUGUUGUCAAGGCUGGUCCAAUCUUGAGUAAUAUGUAUGGUGCAGAUUGGGAGAACAGACUUGAGGCAAAGGAAUUGCAAGCCAAUUUUGUACACUUGAGCAUUUUAAGCAGGCACUACAAACGUGCGUAUCGGGAACUUUUCUUGACAAGUGAUGCAAAUGUUGAUAAACAGUCGGCAGUUUCCAGUGAAACAGCAUAUUUGUCAGAAUAUCAUCGUUUUGGAUGGUUGCUGUUUUUGGCACUCCGUGUACAUGCAUUCAGCAGAUUUAAAGAUUUGGUGACUUGCACAAAUGGUUUGGUGUCUGUGCUGGCUGUUUUGAUGAUUCAUGUUCCAGUUCACUGCAGAAAUUUCAAUUUGAAUGACUCUCAAUGGUUUGUCAAGAAGGGUGACAAAGGUGUUGACUUGCUAGCAUCACUUUGCAACAAAUACGACACUUCUGAAGAUGAGUUGAGAAAAACAAUGGAGAAGACCAAUAAUUUAAUAGCAGAUCUCUUGAAAAAGAAGCCACGUUUGGCACCUGAGUGCAAAAAUGAAAACCUGGAUGAUAUCAAUCCAGAUGGUUUGAUUUAUUAUGAAGAUUUAAUGGAAGAGUCAUCAUUGCAGACCAGUUUAAGUAUUUUAGAGAAGGAUUACGAUGAUGCAAUACGUUGUAAGGGUGAACUAGAUGAGAGGGUAUUUAUCAAUGAUGAAGACAGCUUACUUGGUUCAGGAAGCCUAUCUGGAGGUGCCAUAAAUGUAACUGGCACCAAGAGAAAAUUUGAUCAGAUGUCCUCACCAACAAAGACAAUUACAAGUCCGCUUUCUUGCCAUCAAUCCCCUGCAUCUCAUGCAAAUGGCAUUUUUGGCAGCACAAAUCCUAAGAUGGCUGCCACGCCUGUAAGCACAGCAAUGACAACUGCAAAGUGGCUUCGUACUGUUAUUUCUCCACUUCCAUCAAAACCAUCGGCACAGUUAGAACGCUUUCUUGCAUCAUGUGAUAGGGAUGUAACUAAUGAUGUCAUACGUAGAGCACAGAUAAUGUUGGAGGCUAUAUUUCCAAGCAGUGCUCUGGGAGAGCGUUGUGUAACUGGAAGUCUGCAAAGUACAAAGCUUAUGGACAAUAUAUGGGCAGAACAACGAAGAUUGGAAGCUCUAAAGUUGUAUUAUAGGGUUCUGGAAGCAAUGUGCACAGCAGAGGCUCAGAUAUUGCAUGCAACUAAUUUGACCUCUUUAUUAACUAAUGAGAGGUUUCACAGAUGUAUGCUUGCAUGUUCUGCUGAACUAGUUCUGGCAACGCAUAAGACUGUCACGAUGCUGUUUCCUGCAGUUUUAGAGAGAACUGGAAUCACAGCUUUUGAUCUCAGCAAGGUGAUAGAGAGUUUCAUUAGACACGAGGAGUCCCUCCCCAGGGAGUUGAGGCGGCAUUUGAAUUCAUUGGAAGAACGACUCUUGGAGAGCAUGGUGUGGGAAAAGGGCUCCUCAAUGUAUAAUUCUUUGACAGUUGCAAGACCCUCUUUAUCUGCAGAGAUAAAUCGUCUUGGGCUAUUAGCAGAACCAAUGCCAUCUUUGGAUGCAAUUGCUAUGCAUAUUAACUUCUCUUCUGUCAGCUUGCCUCCAUUGCCUUCUUUACAGAAGCAUGAGUUGUGUCCAGGCCAGAAUGGAGAUAUCCGGUCUCCAAAAAGGCCAUGCCCAGACUAUCGUAGUGUGUUAGUUGAGCGGAACUCCUUUACUUCACCAGUGAAGGAUCGUCUACUUGCUUUCAGUAACCUUAAAUCAAAGCUACCACCACCUUUGCAGUCUGCCUUUGCCAGUCCAACACGUCCAAACCCCGGGGGAGGAGGGGAAACAUGCGCGGAAACUGGGAUUAAUGUGUUCUUUAGCAAGAUUAAUAAGUUAGCUGCUGUCAGAAUCAAUGGCAUGGUUGAAAGGUUACAACAGUCUCAGCAGCAUAUAAGGGAGAAUGUGUAUCACCUUUUUCAACAAAUACUUAGUCAGCGGACAUCUUUGUUCUUUAACCGUCAUAUUGAUCAGAUCAUCCUUUGUUGUUUCUAUGGAGUUGCAAAGAUUUCUAAAGUGAAUCUAACCUUCAGGGAGAUCAUUUUCAAUUAUAGGAAGCAGCCACAAUGUAAACCACAAGUUUUCCGCAGUGUGUUUAUUGAUUGGUCAUCAGCACGCCACAAUGGGAGGACAGGCCAAGAUCAUGUUGAUAUUAUUACAUUUUACAAUGAAAUAUUCAUUCCUGCUGCGAAGCCUUUGCUGGUGGAGGUUGGUUCUGCUGGAGCAAUCACAAAAGCUAGUCCAACACCUGAAGUCAAUAAUAAUAAAGAUGGUCAAUGCCCUGCAUCACCUAAAGUAUCGCCUUUUCCAAGUCUCCCUGAUAUGUCUCCAAAGAAAGUUUCUGCAACACAUAAUGUGUAUGUCUCUCCAUUACGGACGUCCAAGAUGGAUGCUUUAAUAUCACAUAGCUCAAAAAGCUAUUAUGCUUGUGUGGGAGAGAGCACUCAUGCAUACCAGAGCCCUUCAAAAGACCUGACUGCAAUCAACAAUCGUUUAAAUGGUAAUAGGAAGGUCAGAGGCACACUGAACUUUGACGACGUUGACGUUGGUCUGGUUAAUGAUUCUACGGUGUCCAAGAGCCUCUACCUUCAAAAUGGGAAUUGUGCAUCCUCAUCGGGCACACCUCUGAAAUCUGAGCAACCUGACUCCUAAUUCAAUGGUUGUUUUUCUUACCCUUACUGUAAAUUCUACUUUAUGACUAAUUUUCCCUUUUAUUUUCAGUAUACCCAGAAAUGUAUGACACGGGGUAUUGAAUGAGCGGUGAGUUGUAGAAUAGCCGCCACAACCCCUACCGAUGUGUUUUUGUAAUCUAGUCUAGAUACUGAAGCUGGAAAUUGAAAUUGGCCUAACCAUUUGAAUAAAAUCUAUUUAUUCUCUACUGCUUGUUGAAAAAA